UAAAUCAAUACUUAGCAAAAAUAGUUAUUAUAUACCAUGAAACGUUGUAAUGGAAAAUCAUAGUGUUAGAAGAUCACACAAUUGUACCAAAAUGAUUCGAUCGAUAGAGUUACGAAAGUUCAUUCACUUCGUAGUAAGCACCGUCGUGUUCGUGUCUCUUAUAAUGUGCCAUGACGAUGAUGUGAUUGAGAUAGCCUGAAUAAUAACACUAUCCAACUAAAAAAGUUAAAAUGGCGAACACAGCACAAUUAAUUCGCCGUCAAAGCUCAAGGGACUUGUAUGCUCAACGUUCCUUGGAACGAAUGGAAAUGAAAGAACUGCGUGGUCGACUUGUUACUUUAGAAAAUGGACAGCCGCAUAGAGCUAAGGUCAUGUAUGGUGCCACUAAUCAGGCGUUUGAAGAUACCAGCCCUAGGCAGUCUUCCGAAACACCGAGCAAGGAAAGCUCUGUAGAAGAACGGGCUGGUUUUAAACCAGAAAAUGGAGAUGGUGAAAGAGAGUCGUGGGACAGCAAGUUGACGUUUUUGUUAGCUACGGUUGGGUAUGCUGUAGGUUUGGGUAACGUGUGGAGGUUUCCAUAUCUCGCACAGAAGAAUGGGGGUGGUGCAUUUCUGAUACCAUACUUUGUGAUGCUGGCGAUUGAGGGCAUACCAAUAUUUUAUUUAGAACUGGCUAUUGGGCAACGUUUGCGAAAAGGAGCCAUUGGAGUCUGGCACCAGGUGUCUCCCUAUUUAGGUGGGAUUGGAAUAAGUUCAGCAGUGGUUUCCUUCAAUGUAGCGUUAUAUUACAACUCUAUAAUAGCAUGGUGCUUGUUCUACUUCGCUCAGAGUUUCCAAGCCGAGUUACCAUGGUCGGAGUGUCCGAAAAAAUAUUUUAACAAUGGAUCAUAUACCACAGAGCCUGAAUGUGCUGUAAGCAGUCCCACUCAAUAUUUUUGGUACCGAACAACUUUACAAAUAUCAGAGGAUAUUAAUUAUCCAGAAACAUUCAAUUACAAGAUAGCUUUGGCUCUUAUUGUAGCCUGGAUCCUUGUCUAUAUGUGUAUGAUCAAAGGGAUUGCGUCUUCAGGAAAAGUUGUAUAUGUCACUGCUACUUUUCCGUAUAUCGUGCUAGUAAUAUUCUUCUUCAGAGGAAUAACUUUAAGAGGAAUGAGCGACGGUCUGAUCCACUUGUUUACUCCAAAGUGGCAGAGGAUUUUGGACCCUGUUGUAUGGCUUGAAGCAGGGACCCAAAUCUUCUUUUCCCUGGGCCUAGCGUUUGGCGGUCUAAUUGCUUUUAGCUCAUACAAUCCAGUUGACAAUAAUUGUUAUAGGGAUGCAAUAAUGGUCUCUAUGACGAACUGUUUAACGUCCAUGUUCGCCGGAAUCGUCGUUUUCUCGAUUAUUGGCUUUAAAGCAACUAUGGUAUAUGAGAAAUGUUUGAGCGAGAGAAAUCAGACGCUUUUAGAGAUGUUUGGUUCUGGAUAUAGGAGUAUGGUAUUUCCGGAGGCGGGGCAAAAUAUUACCGUCGGAUUAAAUGGAAGUUUUACUCGUUUAAUAAUGCCACAUUUACCUGAGUGCGAUUUACAAAAGGAAUUGGAUAAUACAGCAUCUGGGACGGGUCUAGCAUUUAUAAUAUUUACAGAAGCAAUCAAUCAAUUUCCGGGCGCGCAAUUUUGGUCCGUACUAUUUUUCUUAAUGCUGUUCACGUUGGGAAUCGACUCACAAUUCGGAACCUUAGAAGGUGUGGUCACUUCGAUUGUUGAUAUGAAACUAUUUCCGAAUCUAAGAAAGGAAUAUUUGACGGGUGGGAUUUGCUUGUUAUGCUGUUUAUUAUCUAUGGGAUUCGCGCAUGGAGCCGGAAGUUAUAUAUUUCUGCUUUUCGAUAUGUACAGCGGAAACUUUCCAUUGCUGAUCAUUGCGCUGUUUGAGUGUAUUGGGAUCUCUUAUGUCUAUGGAGUGAAUAGAUUUGCAGACGACAUAGAAGCAAUGACGGGCCAACGCCCCGGAAUUUACUGGCUGAUAUGUUGGAAGUACCUUUCUCCACUGGCCAUGAUAUCUAUCUUGAUAUCCUCAUUUGCGGAGCUGGCAGUGGAAGGCUCAGGAUACGACGCCUGGAUCAGUUCUGAAGGAGACACAGUAAGAAAGCCCUGGCCGGUGUGGGCCAUACUUCUGGUAUUGGUUCUUGUCUUGGCUUCUGUCUUGUGGAUACCCGGAUUAGCUAUUUGCAGGUACUUCGGCAUCCAAGUGAUUGAUGACGAGGAACGCGCCUGGUUUCCCGCGGAGGAUCUUCGGGUUUUCCACGGCAUAGAGCCGCACCCCGUGACUUCACUGCAGACAAUACUCUUUUGUACCAGGCCCGACGGCACUGAAGGUUGCUGCUGGCCUGGAUGCUGCGAAACCGACGAUGAGGAAUAGCAUAUCAGUAACAAAAGUUAGGCUUGUAUAUCUUGUUUCUUGCGUACAAAAAUAACAUACCUACAAUACAAUAAAAUUUGACAAUAAUCAAGUAUUAAUAAUACAAAAUGUUAGAUGUUACCUUUAUUUUGUUUAAGUCGUAAUUAUAAUGACUUACUGUAAUGCAUAUGUCGCAGCCAACUAUCUUAAUUAGUCGUUUAAUCAACAGCCUAGCCGGUUCACUAAACAGCGCCGUUAAACAAGCCGUAUUAUGAUAUUUGAUAUGGUAUUUGAUAUUUAUGAUAUUUAGCCGUAGGAUUUGCUAAUACAUUAAUACAAUUUGCAACAUUUAAUAAACUGGCUUUCCAAUGAUAAGGACAUUUGCGUGACCAUAUGACGGAAUAUAACGAAUUCAGUAAUUUGAUAUUCAGACCGCUUGUUAUACGGACCUGUUUAGGAAAGAGGCUAGGCUGAAGAUUGAACGGCUAAUUAAGCUAGUUGGCUGCGACACAUACACAAUUCGCUUGAAUGAAAUAUUACGUAAAAGAAGACGCACAAGUUACAGUAGUUUUCAACUAUUCAAAGUAAUUUUUGAGAAUAUGAUCUUUUCGAAUACACAUAUCAAAAUAUCUAAGCGCAAAUAAGUUACUCUGUAUGUUUUUUAUAAUAUAUAUAUGCACUGUAAUGAUUUCGUAUCGUAGUAAACAAUUAGCUAUUCAUUAAUUUAAACAAAUAUUUUCUUGUAAUUUUUAACUUUUUGAAGCUUUUUUUGAUAUAACCAUAUUUACAAUCGUUUACAUCAUCGUUGUAAUUCAAGUUGAUAUGACAAUAUUUUUAUCGUUGAGACAAUAAUACGAAACAUAUGACAAUACUAAUUACAUAUAAAAUAUUCUAUUUAUUUCCUUUUAAGCAUAGAUUUUAAGAUUAAUGUUAAAUUUAAGACAAGUUUCGAUAACCAAAUAUUAAAUAAUGCGCAUCACGACUCAAUGGGUAAGAUCUAGCUGUCAUGAUCCCAUGUGUCAAAUCCAUUUCAAGGUUUUCAACCUACAGCAGCCAUACUUACGCAAAGUCUCGAUUCUGAACUUGAAUUUAGAAUAGGAAUUGUUAUAUUUGUAGACUUUUAGCUUAGUCGCCGUUCGGGCUUAGUCCUAUAUAUCCAUCCGUAGAUGGAAUAUUGUAUAAUUAUGUUAAAGUGGUCACCCACACUGAAACCGCAAGGGCAUCUUAUAAGAUAUUUUUUUUUGUCUAUAGAGAAUCUAGAGAAUCAAGUAUUUGGAGUACAUAUCUUCAUUAUCUAAAGGUCAUACGUAUAUAUAUAUCAUAAUUAAAUAACGUAAUGCUCAGCUCAUAUCCAUUCCGGCAAACUACACUCGCGAAAACAAUCCGAGCUAAGCUGUAAAGGCAUUUAAGGCUGUUGGCCUUAAAGGCCUUUACGAGGCGAGAUCAGAAAAAACUAUUUAUGCUUAAGUAAAAAUACUCUAUUAAAGUAAAAAUAGAAAUCACAUUGGAAUACUGCAACAUAAUGUUAGUACCACGUACCCAAGAAUAUUGCCAUCUAUAUCGAAAUUAAGUUUUAAAAAUCAGGUUCGCGCCAAAACGCUUUCAGUGAGGGUAUACCUAAAAAUAAAAUGCAACUGACUGCAUCAUAAUCUAAAGCCUAUAUGUAGAUUUUUAGAUACUAUUUGAUGUGAUAAAUUUAUUGUUGUUACAUUUUUGACUAAUAUUGCUGAUCUAACUUAUAUAACAUGUUGAUAUCUAUUAAUUUAGUGUUUACUGUAUAAUAUAAAGUAUCGGACAAUAACGAAUAUAUUUAUGUUAUAACUACGUCACCGACAGUUGGCGUUAAUAAGCUUCUUGCUAAUAUGGUAUUUUUAAACAGUGUUAUUCUUCAAAUAUAUUUCUGUUAGCGAUGGUAUUUUGCAAUAUAGCUCUUAGCUAUACUGGAUUGAAGCGAAGCCUAAAAUUGUUCUACAUUUCGCAUAUUCUAGAAUUCGAAAUAAUUCACGAUGCAAUUUUGAUACCUAGUAUUUACUUACCCAUAUCAAAUGAUUAUUAUAAAAAACCUUAACAUAUCUUUUGGAAGGCGUAAAUCAGUGCAAUUGUUAACAAUGUUGUCGAUAUAAUAAUUAAAAAACUGAUUGUAACAUAUCAAACCGAAUCAUCAAAGAAACAAUUCUUACAUAUCUUCUACAUUAAUUAAUUAUAUAACUUUGUUAUAGAUUUUAUUUAACUUUACACGUUUUUUUUAAUAUUUCAAAUGUCAAUUAAAGAAACCAGUCGUUUGGAUGUGAAUAUUUUUGAUUUAAGACGCACAUAAUAUAGAAUAGAAAUAUAUUUAAGUGAGUGACUUAAUAUUUAUUUGAAAAGGUUGUUAUUUGAUUUAACUUGAAAUGUUUUCAACAUUGGAACCGUUGACAUAUAUGAGGAAUAAAAUCAAUUUGCGUUUAUAUCUUGCAAUAUAUCCGUUUUAACAAGUUUUGUAAGCGCUUACGACUACAAUUACUUUGAUAUCCCUUAAUCGCGCUGACAAUGUUAUUCUCACCGUUAAGGCUAUAUAUUACUCGACCUAAGCCUGGCCUUUGGGCCAGUCAGUGAAUAGACUGGUCAAGGAAACAGCAGAACCUUUCUUCCACAUUAUGUAACAAUCGCCUAAAUUAAAAACAAUAUCAAAUUUUAGCGCUAGUGUCCACUGUGAGACAACUUCACACUGCUCAUGCAAAUUAAAAGCAAUUCAACGAUCUUCUUUUGUUCGUCCGUUUAGUGUGCUUAUGAAUGAAUCCUUUUUAACCAAAUAUUAAAGUUUAGCAUAUAUCCCAGAUUGUCCUAUUCUAAUCAUAUAAUGUUAAGCCUUAUAAAAUCGUUAAUCAAUUUGAUAUGUAUUCGAGAAAGAUGAUUUGAUCGUUUGGCCAUAGGUUCUAUUAGGUGUAUGCAAACAACAGUCUAAAGCUAAACUGAGAAAAAUA